AUUGCAACUAGGUGAUACAAGAUGAAAGCUCUUCUAGACUGUUGAUUGGUUGGUUUGAAUUCCCAGAUCGUGCGCUGCUGUAUGCAGACAAGAUAUUAAUGACAGCAAGAUGGGGUAACAGACACUUAAGCACGGACUACAUGACACAGGGAUAAAAAUAAAAGGUUUUCUAACCAUGAUGGAUAAUAUAUCUGUCAUAAGAAUGUUUUUCCUUUCUGGUUUAAAUGAAACUAUGAACUACCGAAUUGCUCUCUUCUGUCUCACUUUGCUGUGUUACUGUUUUAUUUUGCUGGUAAAUCUUUCUCUUAUUGUGACCAUUAUCUUGGACAAACACCUGCAUGAACCGAUGUAUAUUCUAUUGUGCACUUUUUGUAUGAAUGGACUUUUUGGGGCAACAGGUUUCUACCCCAAGUUUCUCUGGGAUCUGCUCUCUCCUGUUCAUGUUAUCUCUUAUUCUGGAUGCCUUCUCCAGGCUCUAGUGAUAUACUCAUAUGCCUGCAGUGAUCUGUCUAUUCUUGCAGUCAUGGCAUAUGACAGAUAUGUGGCUAUAUGUCGACCUCUGGAGUAUCACUCGGUCAUGUCAAAGCAGAGACUCAUUAAGUUAGUGUGUUACUCCUGGUUUACACCUUUCUGCAUUAUAGCCAUAAAUAUUUUUCUAACAUCUAGAGUAAAGUUAUGUAGCCCACAUAUUGCCAAGCUCUUUUGUGUGAACUGGAUUAUUGUUAAACUUGCUUGUUUUCCAGCUGAGACUAUUAUUAACAACAUAGUUGCAUACAUUACAAUAAUCAUAUAUGUAUUUCAUGGUGUUUUUAUAGUUUGGUCCUACGUGUAUCUCAUUAAAACGUGUGUGAAUUCUAUGGACAACAGGGCAAAGUUCAUGCAAACAUGUGUGCCACAUUUAACCUCCUUAUUCAGUUUUCUUCUAACUAUACUUCUUGAUAUCAUGCUUAUACGAUAUGGUUCAAAAGAUUUCCCUCAAACCCUUCAAAACUUUAUUGCAAUAGAAUUUCUUAUCAUACCUCCUAUUGUGAAUCCUUUGAUUUAUGGGUUUAAAUUGUCUGGAAUUCGAAACAGAAUUCUGUGUUUUGUUAAUAUUAAAUUAAAAUAAUAUAUGUAUAAACUUCACUCCUACAAAUUAAAGAAAUUGUGUCUUUACUUUACACUUGAUGUUGGUAAAAUCCUGAGUGUAUAUUUAGAAUUUGAUUUCAACCUAAAGAUUACAUAUGCUUAAAUUAAAAUGUGUGUUCUCUCUUGGAAAUGUUAAGUGCUAAGCUGAAUGCCUGUUUUGGGAUUUAUGUGUUAGGCUUCUGUUAAAAGAAAAAAAAGAAACGUGCAGAAUACAAUGCAGUGGUAGCAUCUAGUAUGUAUUUGCUUUUUCAUUAUUCUCUGUCUCGGUUUUUAUCUCUUAUAUGUUUUGUAAAACAUGGACUUUUCUGUGUCAGUAAUAAAGUUCAAAGUCAAAAUAAAAAGAAAGAUGCAGGUAAAGCAAUAACGAAAAGCUUAUGCUGUGAAAUAUCUGCAUCAUAUUGUAAAUAAA